GUCAAGUUGGGGCAAUUCGUUUGGGUAUCAGUAAGGCCUUGCAAAACUGGGAGCCAGAUCUACGUCCUCCUCUCAGAUCAGUUGGUUUCUUGACAAGGGACCCGAGAGUUGUGGAAAGGAAAAAGCCUGGCAAGGCAAAAGCACGAAAGAGUUUCCAGUGGGUCAAGCGUUGA